AUGGCGCCCAACCAGCAGGAGCGGACCUACAUCAUGGUGAAGCCCGACGGCGUCCAGCGGGGCCUGGUCAACGAAGUGCUGAAGCGCUUCGAGCAGCGAGGCUACAAGCUCGUCGGCCUCAAGAUGAAGUCCCCCGACGCCGCCCUCUUGGAGGAGCACUACGCCGACCUGAAGGGAAAGCCCUUCUUCCCCGGCCUGAUCGCAUACAUGUCUUCCGGCCCCGUUGUCUGCAUGUGCUGGGAGGGCACUGACGUCGUCAAGCAGGGACGCCGCAUGCUCGGCGAAACCCGCCCCCUGGAGUCCAACCCUGGCACCCUCCGUGGCGAUUUCUGCAUCGACGUCGGCCGCAACCUCGUCCACGGUUCCGACAGCGUCGAGAGCGCAAACAAGGAAAUCAACCUCUGGUUCACUCCUGAGGAGAUCUGCAGCUGGACUUCCGCUCAGCAGAAGUGGAUCUACGAGUAA